AUGUUGAUUAUUCAAAGCGGUGCUGGAUUGGCAUUCACGCUAUUUGCUUUACAGAUUGGUUCCAGUAUCUUUCGUGCCACAAGCGACCAAAUCAUACGUCGUACUGAAAUCAACAUCCGAACCAUUAUCAUCUGUGCCAUCUAUGAAAAGACUCUCAAGCUUUCCGGACAAUCUAGCAUCAAAUUUACUCAGGGAAAAAUUCUUAAUCUUAUCAAUAUUGAUGCUGAAAAGAUUGCUAUGGCUAUUCAAGGUUUUGCCGGGGCAUACGCCACUCCUAUCCAAAUUGCUGUCGCCAUUUACCUUCUUGGGCAGCUACUUGGCUACUCAGUUUGGGCAGGUGCAGGUACUCUGUUUUUUGCACUUUUAAUCCAAGCUGGCAUGAUUGGCUUUUUUGUCAAGUACCAAAGACUGUUUCUUAGUUUUGGCGAUAAGCGACUCAAAGCGCUCCGCGAAAUGCUUUAUGGUAUCAAGAUCAUCAAGUUCCGUGCUCUCGAGGAGUUUUUCUUUGAUCGCAUCACAACUAUUCGAAAUGGGCAGAUCAAAGCACUUAAAAACUAUUACAUUGUACAAGUUUUUUUCGUUGGUAUCAUCCAAGUUAUUCCUGUUUUAAUGCCAAUUGUCGCUUUCAUUGCAUUUUCUCUUUCCAAUGGAUCCAUCACUGCACCUAUUAUUUUCCCUGCUCUGUCGCUCUUUAAUAUUUUGUUUCAGCCACUGUUGGUCUUUCCUGGCUCGUUGGUAUCGGUGGUUCUUGCCAAGGUAUCGUGGGAUCGUAUCCGUGAUUUUAUACUUGCUGAAGAGGCCGAGCCUCGCGUAGAAUCUACUUUUGAAAACACUCCAGACGCACCCAAGGAUGCUGCAAUUCAAUUAUCAAACGCUACUACCAAGGAAGAAAAUGCUCUUUUCCACCUUCGCCACAUUACUACUUCAAUCAAAAAAGGCUCGCUUGUUGCCAUUGUUGGUCCAGUUGGUAGUGGCAAAAGUUCUUUUCUUUCUGGAAUUAUUGGUGAAAUGCGUUGCAUCGACGGUUCAAUGAAUAUUUUUGGCACUCUUGCGUACUGUUCUCAACAGGCAUGGAUUCUUACCGAGACCAUUCAGGGCAAUAUCCUCUUCAACAAUUCGCUUGAUAAGACUCGAAUGGACGCAGUGAUUGAAGCAUCGUGUUUGACAAAUGAUUUGCAGCAAUUUCCAGCUGGUAAAAUGACCCAGAUUGGCGAAAAAGGAGUCAACUUGUCUGGUGGUCAGAAAGCACGCGUUUCGUUGGCUCGCGCCAUGUACCAAGAUUGCGAUACUUACUUGCUGGACGAUCCAAUCUCUGCCUUGGAUGCGCAUGUUGGUGCCGAUGUGUUCAAGCUUUCCAUCAAACAAAUGCUCAAGGACAAAACUGUUAUUCUUGUUACUCACCAACUGCAUUUUCUUCCCGAGGUAGACCAUGUGAUUGUUAUGGAUAAUGGUACAAUUGCAGAGCAAGGUAAAUUCAAGGAUCUUGUGGCCAAGGAUGGUGUGCUGGCAAAUAUGAUGAAACAUUACAAGCUCGAUGACGAUGAAGACAAACCCAUCGAAUCAAAACUCAAGAAAACUGCAGCAGUUGUGGAAGAUACCGGUGCAGAUAAAAACGGCAACAUUAUUGUCGAGGAAGACCGCAAUCUAGGUGCAGUUGAAGGAAAAACAUACUGGAGUUACGUCGUGGCAUGUGGUGGAUACUCUUACCUAGUGGUAGUGGCCAUUACUGCUAUUUUGGCUCAGGCAUCGCAUCUGCUUACAGAUCUAUGGCUGUCUUGGUGGACUUCCAAUAUGUAUCCAAAUUUAACAGCCGAUCAGUAUCUUCGCAUCUAUACUGGACUUGGUGGUAUUCAAGUGUUCUUUUCUUUAGCUCUAAAUGCAGCUGUUCUUGUUGGAGGAUAUCGUUCUGCCCACUACUAUCACUCUGCUGCUCUUAAACGUAUCAUUGCUGCUCCUAUGAGCUUUUUUGACUCGCAGCCAGUUGGUCGUAUUUUAAAUCGAAUGUCCAAGGAUGUUGAAAGUAUUGAUCAAGCUAUUUGGAUUCUUCUUUUCUUGACUAUCAUUGCUACAACUGGCUUGAUUUCGAUUGUUGUUCUUAUGGCAUAUGUUUUGCCAUAUAUGUUAUUGAUCGUGGUUCCUUUAAUAGUCUUGUAUUUCUAUAUAAUAAAAUACUAUCAGAAUGCUAAUCGCGAGCUGAAACGUCUCGAGUCUGUUCAACGAUCUCCACUGUAUGCUCAUAUUUCAGAAUCCCUUGCUGGUAUUGCCACUGUCAAGGCAUUCCGUGUUGAAAAGCGAUUUGUUCAACGUCAACGCACUCUAAUGGAUCUAAGCAAUACUCCUAGCAUGUUAAAGCUUCUUGGCUCCGUAUGGGUCAAUAUGCGAAUUGAACUACUUGCCUCGAUUGUGGUUCUUACUUUGGUCCUCAUUGGCUCCUAUUCCGACAUUCAUUCUUCUCAAAUCGGUAUUGCUUUGACGUAUGCUAUUGGCUUGACUGGGCUGAUCAACUUGUUGUUGAUGGCGUUUUCGCAACUUGAUGCUGAGAUGAAUGCCGUUGAGCGACUGGAUGUAUAUGGAAAUGAUUUACCACAGGAAGCUCCACGUUCGUAUGAUACAGAUCCAGCAUCAGAUUCAUGGCCCACAAAGGGUGCCAUUACUAUCAAGAACCUUGAGAUUAGAUACGAGUCUCGUCCAGACUUUGCUGUCAUUAAAAAUCUUUCUUUGAAUAUCCGACCUGGUGAAAAAAUCGGAGUUGUAGGUCGUACCGGAUCUGGUAAAUCUACACUCAUGACUACACUCUUUCGUAUUAUCGAACCUUCGCUUGGUAAUAUCGAGCUAGAUGGCAUUGAUAUCAGCAAACUUGGGCUUAAAACCCUUCGUAGUCGAUUGCAAAUUAUUCCUCAAGAGCCGGUGCUUUUCACUGGCACGAUUCGAGCAAAUCUGGAUGUAGAGUCCAAGUUUGAGGACGCAAGCAUAUGGGAUGUGCUAGAGCGUAUAGGCAUCAAAGAGUAUGUUACUGGUCUUCCCGAGAAACUCGAGGCCCCAGUUUCAGAAAAUGGUGAAAAUCUGUCAGUUGGUCAACGCCAACUCAUUUCACUGGGCCGGGCUAUUCUCAUGCAACCGAUUGUGCUGGUCAUGGACGAGGCUACUGCUUCUGUUGAUGCUGAGGCUGAUAAGCUGAUUCAGCAGAGUAUCAAGACGCAUUUCGCCCAUGCUACUGUACUGAGUAUUGCUCAUCGACUCAAUACCAUUGUAGAUUUUGAUCGCGUGUUGGUGCUGCAGGAUGGUGAAAUGGUCGAGUUUGACUCACCACAUAUCUUAUUGGGUCGAUCUGAAUCGCUGUUUUCACAGCUUGCAGAUGCCACGGGUGCUGCCAAUGCCCAACUACUUCGUGAAAUUGCAUCCAAGAAAGCUGCAUCAAGCGCUCAAAAAUAAACCAAGUUUCAUACUUUCU